ACAUCACAGCCAAGCUCGAUACAGCGACCACUCGGUGCCCACCUGACUGCUUCUCUCCCUCUGAACCGCUUACAAGCUCAGCAGCUUUCAGGUUUUAGCAGGAGAGAAGUAUCUCAAUAGCACAGAAAUUGGGCAUCAUUUAAAGCCUGUAAGACCAAAAUUACUUUUAUUUUGUAUGAUUGAACUACAGGAUUUGUAAGACUGAGCUACAGAAGAAGCAGAACUACCUGAAAACUUAAGAUCUAAGCUUUGUAAGACUGAGCAACAGAAGACGUGGACCUGUCUUAAAGAUUAAGAAGAUCUGAUGCUUGUAUGAUGGGACUACAGAAGACGUGGACCUGUCUUAACAAUUAAGAAGAUCUGAUGUUUGUAUGACGGGACUACAGAAGACGUGGACCUGUCUUAACGCUUAAGAAGAUCUGAUGUUUGUGUGACUGGACUACAGAAGAUGUGGACCUGUCUUAAAGAUUAAGACUACAGAAGAUGUGGACCUAUCUAAAAACUGAGAAGACCUAAGAUUUGUAAGACUGGAUUAAAGAAGGAGUGAACAUAGUUGACAAACGUUAAGAAGACUAAAGGCUUGUAAGACCGGUCUACAGAAGAAUUUAACCUACCUGAGAAAAUUGAGAAGACCUGAAGAUUUUAAGACUGGUCAACAGAAGAUCACAAGAACCAAGGUCAUUACACAGAAACUGGGUCUCAUUGAAAGCCUGUAAGGUCAAAAUUACUUUUAAUUUGAGUGAUUGAACUGCAGAAUUUGUAAGACUAGACCACAAAAGAAGAAAACUUAAGAAGAUCCAAGAUUUGAUGUUUAUGCAACUGGACUGCAGACGAAGUGGACUUAGCUUAAAGAUUAAGAAGAUCUCUUGUUUGUAAGACUGGACUACAGGAAAGGCAGACCUACCUAAAAAUGACUAAAUCUUAAAAUUUGUAAGACUGGAUUAAACAAAAACUGGACAUACCUGACAAACAUUAAGGAGUCUUGCAAGACUGGACUACAGAAGAACUGGACCUACCUCAAAAAAUUGCAAAGACCUGGACAUUUUCAGACUGGUCAAUAGAAGAAGUGGAGCAACCUGGAAACAGGCAAAACAAAAACUGAGACGUUCUGAGACUUGCAAGACUGGAUGAUAGAAGAAAAAAUUGAGAAGACUUGAAAGUUCUGCGAAAUUUUGUUGAGCUUCUUCUUCUUCUUCUUCUUCUUCUCCUAAUUCUGCAACAAUGGAGAACUUCACUUCUCCCAACAAUACUCUUGGCCCUUGGACUGACCGCAGCACCGCAUACAAGGUGAUCAGUGCUUUCCUGGUUCUCACCAUUUGUGCUCUAGGAAUCGUUGGCAACGUGAUGGUGGUCCUGGUGGUCCUCACCACCAAGCACAUGCGCACACCCACCAACUGCUACCUGGUAAGCUUAGCAGCUGCCGAUCUCAUGGUGCUGGUGGCCGCCGGCCUGCCCAGUGUAGCGGACAGCCUCUACGGCUCAUGGCUAUUCGGCCAUAUCGGCUGCCUGUGCAUCACCUACCUCCAGUACCUGGGCAUCAACGCGUCCUCCUGCUCCAUCGCAGCCUUCACUGUGGAGAGGUACAUCGCCAUAUGCCACCCAAUCCGCGCCCAGUCUCUGUGCACAUACACUCGGGCCAAGAGGAUCAUCCUGGGUGUGUGGCUGACCACCUCGCUCUACUGCGUCAUGUGGUUUUAUCUGGCUGACACAGAGGAGCUGGUGUACGAGGACACCAUCGUGGUGGCCUGUGCCUACAAAGUGUCCCGGAACCUUUACUUGCCCAUUUACUUUUUCGAUUUUGGCGUCUUCUUCGUCCUGCCCCUUGUGCUGUCCACCGUGCUGUACGGGCUCAUUGCCAGGAUUCUCUUUCUGAACCCUCUGCCCAAAGGGAAAAGCAAGAAUGGACAUGACGGCCUUUCUGCUGGGAGCAAGAUGAACGGCCUCAAAAGUUCAAGCCAGUGCUCAAGUACAACAGCAGCUUCCAGAAGGCAGGUGACCAAGAUGCUGGCGGUGGUGGUCAUCCUCUUCGCAGUGCUGUGGAUGCCCUACCGCACCCUGGUGGUGGUCAACUCUUUCCUCCAGGAGGCCUACCUGGACUCCUGGUUCCUGCUCUUCUGCCGCAUCUGCGUCUACCUGAACAGCGCCGUGAACCCCGUCAUCUACAACGCCAUGUCUCAGAAGUUCCGCGCCGCCUUCCGGAGGCUCUGCAGCUGCGGCCCGCGGGCUCAGGCCAAGCAGGCAGCCUACAGCGUGGCACUCACCUACAGCGUUGCCAAGGAGACGUCUAUGAUCGAGAGUACAGAGCACUUCUCAACAGAGAUGGACGAUCUGACAGAAGGACCAGAUGAUCUAACAGAAGAGCCCAUGUCUGACUAGGAGAGCUGGGGCUGAGCCGCCGUCGAUGAGGUCUCGUUUAGACACAGCUGAGUCUCACUGAAGUCAUAUGCUUACCCAGAUCCUCAAUAAUAUUGGUUUUCAACACACAGCACACUAUAUAUAGGCUGUACAUUGUUUAAGCUCAUCUCCUGAAACCGACCGUAAAAAUUUUCACAGGCCAACUAAAAAACCCUUGAAAAAUCCAUGCAUUCCAGGUCGAUUUUCAGUUCCUCUUAGAAUAAACCGCGGUGUGGAGGUGCGCUUGCUAUUUUUACACACUGCAGGUUCUGCCAGUUCCAAUCUGCCAGUCAAUUAGCAGCUAAUAAUAACUGUAGUGACAAUUUUCACUACAAGAAAGGAAUGAGAACCACUGAGCAGUGAUGCACCUCAAAGUGGAAGCAUCCUGCAUUUGUCAAACAUCAGGGAAGUGAAAAAAUGUUUAAUUUCUCUGAAGCAUUAUUAUAUACAGCAUUGAGCAAAAGUCAGAGACCAACCUUCAUUUAAUGCCAAAAACAUAUAUAUAUAUAUAUAUAUAU